AUGAUCCAAAUAUUCUAUGAAGAAUUGAACUAUGAAACGCUCCAAGAAACACCUGCAUACACACUUACGAGCGUACUUGCUGAUCUGGGCGGUUUGACUGGAUUGUGGAUUGGCGCCUCCGUGGUCAGCCUACUCGAAAUUUUCUCAUUGAUUGUGUUUGCUGCUCAAGCAUACGUCAGAAAACGAAAAGGAUCAAUUGCAUCGUCAACACUAUCACAACUGGCGAUAAGGAAACCAUCUCGUGCUUCUGAGCACACUAUUCAAAAGGCCAGCAUGAAUGCCAGGUUGUCAAUACAAGACAUUCGAUCCCUUCAGUCUAAUCAUUCCUCACGAUCGAAGCAAUCAAUCUUGAUAGAGGAUUCUGCCAUCACCCAUCCAAGUAUGUUCUUUUCUAUAGGAAUUGAUGGCGCCUCUAUUGUAAAAGAGCCAUUCCAGGAACAAACAGAUGAUGAAACACCAUCAACAUCAUCAUCUGAAGAAACAUCUGGGACCGCCGCAAGUUGCCGGUACCUUGCUCCCGGCGAAGAACUCCCAUGCCUCUGUAAAUAUGACUCCGAAGGGAACAUUCGGGUGAUGAAGGCACUGUGUCCUGUGCAUGGAUAUUUAGUUCGGAGGGGAUAUGACUACAGUGUCUCUAAUAGUGAAGAAGAGGAACCGGAGGUUGACGAGGUACAUAAAGAAGAGCCUUACUAUGACGAACCAUUCCUACCUAGAAAGGCAUUUCCGUUCACUUUCAGGAGUUCCAAAAAGAAGAGUAAGAAGAAGGGGAAAACGGGUCGAAACGGUCAAGUGUCUGAACAGAACACACCUGCCCAAUCAUCAACGGAACCAUGA